AUGGAACGUUUUCAAACGGUAGUAAUCACCUCCGAAACGCUAUCACCAUUGGAGUCGUAUCCAAAAAUUUUGGACUUUGAGCCAGCUGUUAUGGCUAGCCUUCCAAUGACGUUAGCUCGGCCUUGCUUGAGUCCAUUAGUAGUGGCAAGGGGUAAUGAUCAGCAUGUUAUCGACGAGUUGAUGAAAUCGAAGCUCCUAUUUAUUGAAACUAAUGAUGCUCUCGAAACAUCAGUGGCCUUGGAAAAGUAUGUAGAUGCAUAUGUGACAGCAGCCGCGGUGUAUGUUUGUUCUCUGUCGCUCGAGGGAAAGUUUCGGAAGGAAUUGACUUCAGUGGUUUUGGCUUGAUGUAAACGCAGAAACAGCCGUAUUUAUAGACGUGUUCAUGUUGAAUUCCGGUAUAAAGCACACUUUUUCUCGAAAUUUUAGCCUGGAUAUGCCUUGAGCCAAAGAAAAACUAUUACGGGCUUUUUUGAUCCAAGAGAAACAGGCUAUAUGACCGUUAGCAGGCAUGCCUCACUCUAUGUUGCCUCAUACCAAUGAUUCCUACUUUGCCUUAUCCUCUCGAUUCCACAUUUGAUCUCAUCAUAUAGGUGGACUCGAAAACUUGUGAAUUGAUGUCAAUGCGUAUUGCGCAGUCAAGUUGUUUCCCUGUUUUGUUCAUUUGUAUGAUUUU